CAAAAUGGCGAACGUAUCUGCUGCCAACGCCGCUGCUGCGGUCGCAGCUGCAGCCGCGAAUAGAGACCCAGCCGUUGACCGGUCACUACGAUCAGUGUUCGUGGGAAAUAUUCCGUAUGAAGCCACAGAAGAACAGCUGAAAGACAUCUUCUCUGAAGUCGGACUUGUUGUCAGUUUCAGGUUAGUGUAUGACAGGGAGACAGGAAAGCCAAAGGGAUAUGGCUUCUGUGAAUACCAAGACCAGGAGACUGCCCUCAGUGCCAUGCGAAACCUGAAUGGGAGAGAGUUUAGUGGUCGGGCUCUCCGUGUUGACAACGCAGCCAGUGAGAAGAACAAGGAAGAGCUGAAAAGUUUGGGAACAGGAGCCCCCAUUAUUGAGUCUCCUUAUGGAGACAGCGUCCAGCCAGAGGAGGCCCCAGAGUCCAUCAGCAGAGCAGUAGCCAGUCUGCCACCUGAGCAGAUGUUUGAACUCAUGAAACAGAUGAAGCUGUGUGUGCAAAACAGUCCUCAGGAGGCACGGAACAUGCUGCUGCAGAACCCUCAGCUGGCCUACGCUCUGCUGCAGGCCCAAGUGGUCAUGAGGAUUGUUGAUCCUGAGAUAGCCUUGAAAAUGCUCCAUCGUCAAACAACAGUCCAGCCUCUGAUUCCCAGUGGACAGGGCGGAGGAGCACCGACGGUCACUUCUCCACCUACACAGCCCACCAUGCCCGUGUCUCAGCCAGUGUCUCAACCUGUGCCCGGAAUGCAUGUCAAUGGAGCACCCCAGAUGAUGCAGCCCCCUAACAUGGGAGUUGUCCCUGGACCCAUGCCUGUACCAGGACCUGGGCCUGGACCGGGACCAGUUGGACCUCCAGGAAACCUUCAGCAUUCUCCCACAGGAUCGUCUGGUCAAGCUGCUAUCGAGCGGCCUCAAGGACCAGGCGGUAUCCCCCCAAGAGGCCUACUGGGAGAUGGUCCCAAUGACCCCAGAGGAGGAACUCUGCUGUCUGUCACUGGAGAGGUCAUAGACCCCAACCGGGGUUACAUGGGACCUCCACCCCCCCACCAAGUUCCGCCUGUACACAUGCCACAGAUGGUAGGUGCACCCCCUCCAGAUAUGAGGCCUCCAAUGGACAUGAGAGGCCCACCCAUGGGUGAACCGCGGAACAUGAUGGUUGACCCCAGGGCGGCCCCCAUGAUGGAGCCACGUGGACCCCCUAUGGAAGCCAGAGGCCGUGAUCCAAGGGCGAUGGAUGCUCGUGUUCCAGUUACGGGUCAGAGGGUUCCCAUAGCACCAGGAAUGCAAGGCCCUGUCCCUCAUACAAUGGGUCCAAAUGCUCCUCCACCUGCAAGACCGGGUGCUGGUAUUUCUGGGGUUCCUCCAUCAGGAGGAGGCUUCAGUCCAGGUCAGAAUCAGGUUUCCACACAGGAUCAAGAGAAGGCUGCCCUCAUCAUGCAGGUCUUGCAGUUGACCCCAGAACAGAUCGCAAUGUUGCCGCCGGAGCAGCGGCAGAGCAUCCUUAUCCUCAAAGAGCAGAUUCAGAAGACGGCGAGUGGGGCACCUUGAUGGUCUGACUGAUUAAAGUACUGAAAAGUCAGAGCUUCUUUCUUUCCAGUCGCAAAUAAAACCUUAGCGCUAGAGUCAAAGGUUUUUGAAGUGUUGUGACAUCCUCCUUUUUUUCCCCCCAUUUCAUCAUGUCAGAAUUUCCCGUCUGCCCCACUUGGACCAGGCUGCAAAGUGUGAACAGAUCUGAAGAUAUCCCAUCUUAGUCUGGAAUAUUGUACCUGUUCUUUUUGUUUUAAAUCAUGUUUGUUUUGUGUGAGAGUAACAUUGAUUCACGUGGAGGCAAGAAAAAGUCACUUUCUAUGGUGAUGAUGGUGAAUGUUGAACUUGUAUAAAAGCUAGAGCAAGAAUGUCACGUUUUUGUUUUUCCCCUAGAAAAGCCAACUGUUGUUAUGUUGUAGCUGUUUUGUGAAUAAAACA